AUGUCUUUGAAGCGAAGAAGUGAAUCUUUGGAAUUCAACGAAAGGUAUGCUGAUAAAGAUAACAGAGACACAGAUGGUAUUAUAUGCCAAGUGGCUCCAUGUCAUGAUAUUUAUGUACCUAUUGAACUAUAUGCAAGCCAUAUGACACAAUAUCAUGACCAUCGCUGCGAAGAGUGCGGAAGAAAUCUUGUGACUGAGUGCCUUUUGCAGCUCCACCUUGAGGAGCUUCAUAACCCUUUUACUUCAAAAACUAAUCUGCUAUACGGUUGCUUUGAACAGCACUGUGUUGAAAAGUUCAAGUGUCACCGAGAUAGGAUUGCUCACUUGAAGAACGUUCAUGGGUAUCCAGAUGGGUUUGAUUUCGACGUAGUGCGAAAUGGGAAAUGUUAUCAGUAA